AUGGACGACACAGUCAAAUCGUUGAUUCGAUUUGUUGCUAGGGGGUUUUAUUCUAAACCAUAUAUAUUGAUCCUCGACGCUUUGCUUGUUCACUCUGUGUUGUCAGAAGAUGAUUUGAUAUACCUUUUGAGCAUCCAUCGAAAAGAAUUACGUUCAUUAUGCAAUAAGUUGGUGGAUGACAGGUUGAUCGUCAAUCAUAUCCAAAAGGAAGAGAACUCGCAGCAGAGACUUAUUACCAGGACAUAUUUCUACAUCCAUAUUGUGGAAGCAGUUGAUGCGAUUAAGUGGAAAGUUCAUUCUGUAGUCAACAUCAUCAAGCAAGAAAUGACUCAGUUCGGCAAUCCGCAGGGUUAUGUUUGCCCACGAUGUGGCAAAAAGGUCAGCCAGCUAGAUGCUAUUUCAUUGUUGAGUGAUGAUAAGGCUAAUUUUAUAUGUGAUAAUUGUGGGGGUGUAUUAAUAGAAGAUGAUUCGAGUCAGCAGGCUUCGUUAAGGCAGGAGAAGUUAGAGAGAUUGAUGAUACAGGUUGAUCCAAUAAUUUCGUAUUUGAAGAAAAUCGACGAUGCAUAUAUUGAGGACAAUUCAUUCGAGUCUUCAUUAACAAAGUCCAUACCUGCUCAAAGCUCUUCUGCAGCUUCAUACGCCGUUUCCAACAAUGUAUCAUCGAGAUCGAGGUCCAAUCUAUCUUCUUCCUUACAAAAUGCGGCAUCAAAAUCUCAAGCGACUUUGCAUGUAUCGAUUACGGCUAAUGACGAAAAUUACGAAAAAGAGCAGCUUGAAAAGGAAAGAAGAAGACAAAAGUUGGAGCAAAAUGCAUUGCCUUCUUGGCAUUCUUCAAGUACAGUUGGGGAGUCUGGACUUGGUAAACUAGACGAUGAAAAAGACCUUUCCUUGCAAGGAGAUGAAGAUAUGAAGGUGAAGGUCGAAUCUGAGAAUCACAAUGGUGAUAUUAAUAUGAAGCUGGAAAACACUUCUAUGAAUGUUACUCCUGCACCAGCAGAGGAAGAGGAGCCGUCGCUAGCUGCACCUUCCACUGCAUCAGAAUUAAAAGAUAAGGAAGCGCAAGAUGCUUUGGCUGCUUAUUACUCUCAAUUGGCUGAACGAGAGGCCGAGGAUCUUGAUGAAGAAAUUGAUGACGAGGAUUUCGAUGAUUUUGAAGAUAUAUAG